ACGCAGUGGAAAAUGGGUAGAAAACAUAAUGGGAAAAUUAGAAUUAGGCAGCAUAGUAGCAAUAUUAACUCUGGGGUGUUUAAUAUGUACAGCGAUUGGUGAACAAUGCGGUAGACAAGGUGGAGGGAAGACAUGUCCAAACAACCUUUGCUGCAGCCAAUACGGUUAUUGUGGUGACAGCGAUGAUUACUGUUCACCUUCUAAGAACUGUCAAAGUAAUUGUCAUGGCAGUGGUGAAAGUGGUGAAAGUGCAUCUAAUGUUCGUGCAACCUAUCAUUACUAUCAACCUGAGCAACAUGGAUGGGAUUUAAACGCCGUUAGUGCUUAUUGCUCCACUUGGGAUGCGAGUAAGCCUUACUCUUGGCGUAGCAAAUAUGGUUGGACGGCGUUCUGUGGCCCCGUUGGACCUCGCGGUCAAGCUUCUUGUGGAAAGUGUCUUAGAGUGACAAAUACAGGUACAGGAGCACAGGAAACAGUGAGAAUUGUAGAUCAAUGUAGCAACGGAGGGUUGGAUUUGGAUGUGGGAGUGUUUAACAGAAUAGACACAGAUGGCAGAGGAUACCAACAGGGGCAUCUCAUUGUUAACUAUCAGUUUGUCGAUUGUGGGAAUCAGCUAGACAUCACCCACCCUUUACUCUCCAUCUUCAAUGCUUAAUUUCAUAAUCAAUUUAUUACUCAAAUUUAUCUUUAUCUAAUCAAUAAGUGCCCCUGUUACUGUGUUAGUAACAUAGUUUGAUACUAUUUCCGUUUCCAAAGAUAAAGUAUUUACACAUGUUCUGCCUUUCAAUAAAAAUAUAUACUUAUAGAUUUGGUUAUCCUCCUUAACACAUCAAAAUUUACGUUA